UUCCCUUCAGGACGCUCAGGGAAGUUCCUCGCCCUCUUUUGUUGGCUGUUUUCCAUCACUCCCGCUCCCUUCCCCGGCUUUUCACCCUCUAAUAUCGGCACGCUGUGUGCGGCCAGCUGUAAAAAUUGUUUGCAGCGGGGCCGGAAAAUGAGGCUCGCCGUGUUUCCUGGGGCUUUGGGACCUGGCUGGCCGUGCUCUGCUUUGGGUGGGAGCACUCCAGACAGCGUCACGAAGCCCCCCGGCACCCGGGGACCCCCGUGGCCGCCCCUCCGGUGACAGCGGCGCCCGAGACGGGAGCACGCAGCUGGGCUCGGGCCCUUCCUGGAGCUAAGGGUUAACGGAACGCCUGGGGCAGGCCGGGAGCGGGGCGGGCCUCGGCCACCUCCGGCCCCAAGAGCCCAGUUGGGAGCUGGACAAGAAGCGAGGGGUCCCCGGGAGCCUCUGUGGGACCGAGCGUGGCCACAUCCCCGGUCCUGGUCCCGAUCCCCGGUCCUGGUCCUGGUCCCAGUCCUGGUCUGGCCUCCCUUAGCUGCAUCGCGGAGCUUGGCAUCACCCCAGGGCUGCUGCUGCUGCUCUUCAGCUGCUUCGGGACCUGCUUUGGGACCGCCGGCUCUCGCCUCGGGGGCACGGAGCAUGGACCAGUCGGUGGCCAUCCAGGAGACCCUGGCCAACGGAGCAACGUGUCGAAUCGCCGUGCAGGGAACCCUGGCUGGUGGGGAGAGCGUGGAGAGCCGGCUGCUGGGCCUGGUGGAGAGCUGCGGAGAGCACGCGAUCUACGUGUACACACACCGACGGAUGGCCAUAACCGCUGAGGAUGUCUGGCUGGAGAAAGUCAUCCCCAUCAGAGAAGGGUUUGCAGUGGAAGAAGUGAUACCUGACAGCGACCUUCAUGUCAUUGGCUCCGAUGUGACGGUCCAGAUCAGUUCAGAAGAUGAUCGGCUCACAGUGCGGUUGCCCUUUGGCUCCCACACGCGCACGUUCCUGCAGGAGCUCAGCAGGUGCAGCCCAGAAGUGGUUGGCUCUGAAGGCAUCAAGCAGAAUGGAAAAAAACUUGCAGUUAAUCAGAACUGGAGCCAUGACAGCACUGAUAAAGGUGCUCCCAGACAAAGCAAAGUCAAAUCUGAUGUGAAAGCUGAAAUGGUGCGGUCCUCCGGCGUAAUGGUUUCAAACAUGGCUUCAAUCUUAUCAGAACCACAGUUUGGACUAAGAGAUACUAUCGUUAAAUCUCAACUCGUACAAAGGGAGGAUUCCUACACGUACAUCCAGAACUUCAGAUUUUUUGUCGGGACUUACAAUGUGAAUGGUCAGUCACCCAAGGAAAGCCUCCAGCCCUGGCUGAGAUGUGACACGGAGCCUCCAGACAUUUACUGUGUGGGUUUCCAGGAGCUUGAUCUGAGUAAAGAAGCCUUCUUUUUCAAUGACACACCGAAGGAAGAAGAAUGGUUUAAAGCUGUAACUGAUAGUCUUCACCCAGAUGCCAAAUAUGCAAAGGUGAAACUUGUGCGGCUUGUGGGAAUAAUGCUUCUGUUGUAUGUGAAAGCAGACCUUGCUUUGAACAUCUCCGAGGUGGAAGUUGAGACUGUGGGAACUGGCAUCAUGGGGAGGAUGGGUAACAAAGGUGGUGUUGCCAUAAGGUUUAAAUUCCAUAACACUAGUGUGUGCAUUGUGAAUUCUCACCUUGCAGCUCACACCGAGGAAUAUGAGCGGAGGAAUCAGGACUUCAAAGACAUCUGCUCUCGGAUGCAAUUCUGCCAAUCGGAUCCAAAUUUGCCACCUCUCACUAUUAGCAAACAUGAUGUGAUCUUAUGGUUGGGUGACCUCAACUAUCGGCUGGAGGAACUGGAUGUGACAAAAGUGAAGCAGCUUGUAGAAGAGAAAGCAUUUUCAGAGCUUUGCCGAUAUGACCAGCUAAAGAGGCAAAUGAAUGCAAAAGCAGUCUUUGAAGGCUUUACAGAGGGAGAGAUUUCUUUCCAACCAACGUACAAAUAUGAUGCUGGCUGCGAUGACUGGGACACAAGUGAGAAGUGUCGUGUUCCAGCAUGGUGCGAUCGGAUACUCUGGAAAGGGCAGAACAUUGCUCAGCUGAGCUAUCGCAGCCAUAUGGCUUUGAAGAUCAGUGAUCACAAGCCAGUUAGCUCUGUGUUUGAUAUUGGGGUGAAGGUUGUGAAUGAGGAGCUGUAUCGAAAAGUCUUUGAGGAAAUAGUGCGCUCCCUGGAUAAGAUGGAGAAUGCCAACAUUCCCUCGGUGACCCUCUCCCAGAGAGAGUUCCAUUUUGAGGAUGUUAAAUACAUGCAGCUACAGAUAGAGAAGUUUACAAUCCGCAAUGGACAAGUGCCUUGCCAGUUUGAAUUUAUCAGCAAACCAGAUGAGGAAACCUAUUGCAAGGAGUGGCUGAUAGCUAAUCCUUGUAAGGGCUUUCUGCUGCCAGAUUCUGAGAUCACGAUUGAGUUGGAGCUAUUUGUUAAUAAAUCAACAGCUACACGCUUAAACUCUGGAGAAGAAAAACUUGAAGAUAUCUUGGUCUUGCAUCUUGACAGGGGGAAGGAUUAUUUUCUGUCUGUAACAGGAAACUACUUGCCCAGUUGCUUUGGGUCUCCCAUUCAUACACUGUGUUACAUGCGGGAACCAAUCCAGGACAUGUCAGCAGAAUCCAUUCAGAACCUUACACUGAUGCCACUGGAAACAAGUGAUGCUGCUACUCAAGCUGAAAGGCCUCUGGAAAUUCCCAAAGAGCUGUGGAUGAUGGUGGAUCACCUAUACCGCAAUGCUUCCCAGCAGGAGGACCUGUUUCAGCAGCCAGGCCUCAGGUCUGAAUUUGAGCAAAUCCGAGACUGUUUGGACAAAGGAAUGCAUGAUACCCUCCUUGGCAGCAACCACUCGGUAGCAGAGGCCCUGCUGCUCUUCCUGGAAAGCCUGCCAGAGCCGGUCAUCUGCUACAGCUUCUACAACAGCUGUUUGGAGUGUGCCAACAACUACCUGCUGAGCAGCCAGAUUAUCUCUAAGCUGCCAGAAUGCCAUAAAAAUGUAUUUGAGUAUCUAAUGGCUUUUCUACGAGAACUACUGAAAAAUUCAGGGAAAAACCAUUUGGAUGUGAAUAUUCUUGCUAGUAUAUUUGGUGGCUUGUUACUUAGACCUCCUCCUGGACAUCCUACACCUGAUAUAGCAGAAAAAAGGAAAGCUCAGCAAUUUAUCCACCAGUUCCUCUUGAGAGAGGACACUUUACCGUGAAUUCCAGAUGCAGCUAAUCUGAUUUUUAAAUAUCAAACUACUGUAAAAAAUAUUUUUGUACAGUAUACCAGCUUUUUCUUUUUUUUUUUUUUGAAUAUCACAGUAUUUUAUACAAUCUAUUGCUAUUAAAUGCAGCUCAGGCAGUUAGAAUCAGGUGUCACUGUUAAUAAGCUGUAAAAUAUAUUGAAUUUCUAAAUAAGCUGUAUGUAGACAAGCAAAACUACAGAAGCUGAUAUUUUCACUGUAUUGUAUUUAACUUGUAUUAAAAUUCAGAAUUUUUAAGUCCUUGUUAUUUAAAUAAAAGCAUCUCAGUGCAUUUUUUCCA